UGAUCGAACCACCAUGCCAUAAUCCCUUUCGCCGAGCGUUUUGAAUGACGACGGUCAUUCAGAACCCGACCCCACGACUACAAUCAAGCUGCAGAUGACGGGUAACGACCAACCGAGGGCCUGGAUGCCGUUCGGAACAAAGAAAAACGACUCCUGGACCGACGCCGUCCGACACCAUCUCAGCAUCCCCCAAAACUGGAUCCUUCCGGUAGCCGCCGUGGCCCUCACACUAGGGACCCGGACCUUCUACCAAUCCUACCUGCGCCGCCUCCCCGACAUCGGUCAUAUCACGCCCAAUUUCUUCCGCCGCCGCAGCCUGUUCGGCAAGGUCACAAGCGUUGGAGACGGCGAUGGCUUCCACCUGUUCCACACCCCAGGCGGACGGCUAGCCGGCUGGGGCUGGCUUCGGCGCGUGCCGACGGACAGAAAACAACUCAAAGGCCAAACAAUCUCGAUCCGCAUCGCGGGCGUCGACGCGCCCGAGGGGUCGCACUUCGGGCGGCCGGCGCAGCCGUACGCGGCCGAGGCGCUCUCCUUCCUCGACAGCUACCUGCUGGGGCGGCGGGUGCGGGUGCACCUGCACCGGCGCGACCAGUACGAGCGGGUGGUGGCGACGGCCUACGUGCGGCGCGCGCCCUUCUUCGUCCCGCGCCGCGACGUCGGGCUCGAGAUGCUCCACCGCGGGCUCGCGGUUACCUACGAGGGUAAGACGGGCGCCGAGUUUGGUGGGGCCGAGAUGGAGGCGCGCUAUCGCGAGGCGGAGGCGGCGGCGAAGAAGAAGGGGGUCGGGUUGUGGGGGGUGGUCGGGGGGAAGAAGAGGAGGGAGUUGGAGAGCCCGAUGGAGUAUAAGAAGAGGAUGAAGGCGCUGGAGGGGCAGAAGGGGGCUGCGGUGGGGAAGGCGUGAAUGGAUUGUGGGGAUGGUUUAUGAUACCCAUGAGAAUGAGCUAGGAAAGGGUUGGAUGGUGAUAUCAUGGCGGCUUUUGUGAACUUGAUUUGAGCAUAAACGGAAGCGGCUCGUACAUAGAAACCAACGGGCAUUGCUCAGGAAACAACAUGCGCGGGGUAUGCACCCUUCCUC